AUGUCUAUGGCGGCAACAAUGACGUCCGUAGGAGAGGCCAGUAACGAUGCCCCUCAUCCUAGGGGUGGUUGGGCCAGUAGCAAUGCCGAGUUCACAAGGGAGAUGAAGAUUCCUCAGAGGGCAGUUGGUAAAGCAAUUGGUCGAGGAGGGGAGACUAUAAAGAGAUUAAAGGAGGAGUUCAGCACGUUUGUCCAAGUUGAUCAGACUACUUCCGAGCAGGGUUUCAGCACUUUCAAGCUCAGUACCGCUACCGCUGAAUCGGUUGAAGCCGCAGUUGCCCAUUUAAAGGGAGUCGUCCUAUCCUGUGAACCGUGUGAGUGUAUAUACGUAGAUGAUGUUGAGGGUGCAGUUGAAGUACCUGCUGAUAAGGUUGGGACCGUCAUCGGGCCACAGGGCUGCGUAUUGGAUGAAAUUCGCCGUCGUAGCGGUUGUAGGGUGCAACUCCAACCAGUCGACGUAGAAGAUGGAACAAGUCCCCGUUCGGCGAAGAUUGUUGGCACGGCUGAUGCGGUUCGUGUUUGUGCAGACCUCCUCAAUGACGUUAUUAACGGUACUUUCGACGUUGGCUCGGUGAUCAAUCGCCAGAAGGCCCAUAACCAACGUUUUAAGGCUGGUGCUCUGGGCGGUGGUAAAGGCAAAGGGAAAGGAAAAGGUGGUGGUGGUGGCUAUUGGAACCCUAAUAGCUCACCGCGGGCUGCUGCCGCCGCGGCGGCAUCUGGUAGAGGGGUGGCUUGA